UUUCUUUCUGUUUCCCUGCCAUUUCUUUUUUGGUUUUGGUAAAAGAAUAAAAAAAGAAGAGCAUAUGCUGAAAGAAAUUAGGUACACAACAGGGACUGAAAUAAUUUCAAAUAAUUUUUCUUUUAGCCAGAUUGCUAGUAUACAAUAAGAAUACAUUUUGAUUCAGAACUUUUAUGAAGAACUUGUGCAUUUUAUUGUAACAUCUGUUUCUACAUUUUAAUUUCUCUCCUUCCCUUUGUAGGUAUUUGCAUGCUUUUUUUUUCCAAGUGAGAAGACCUUUUGCUUUGCCACAAGAAGGCUAUUAUCCAGAAUGUUAAUGGGUUUUCAGCUAUUAAGAUGUAAUGAUAUACCUUGAGUAUUUAACUAUAAAUUUGAAAAAUCUCCAUGAACAAUCUCAAAGGAAUACUUAGAAUGCACUCCUGGUAAAUUGGCUCAUUUUCCUGUAAUUUACUGGAAGUGCUGAUAUGAGAGCAGUCCUAAUGUGAAAAGUACAUUAAUCCCUGGAGUUACAUUGUAUGUAUUAAAUUAUUACUCUCAAAGAAUAAAAUGUAUGGGGCCAUUUAGCCUUCAUUCACACUUGUUACUUGGAAUCACAGUGGAAAAACAAUCACUUAUCUUUUGAUGCACAAAAUUGGAAGGGAUACAUUUAAUAUCUUUUAAGACCAUAGGCACAGUGAUGCUGAGUUACACUUUUGCAUAACAAUUGCUGUUUUCUAAAAGAAGGACAUUUCUCAUUGGAGCAUGCUUCUUCUGGCUUUGUGGAGGCCCGUGCCAUCCACUUGGUAAUUGAAAUAUUUUUAGAAACCCAUAAUGCAGCUUUCUUUCAUGUCAGUAAAAAAGAUUAGUCAGCCUUCCAGCCACCAGCAUCCACCACUUGGGGAAUUAUUUAGGACGGUGGCCAACUUGCAGGAGCCGCAGUUGCGGGAGCACUUAGGUCUUGUUUGGCAUUUUGUCUAAUUGUGCUUUCCUUUUUUGCCAGGAGAUUGAAAGUUGUGGAACCAUAAUCUCUGACAUCAGUUGUUUUUUGAUAAGCAGCUAUUUAUGAUUCUGGAAGAUUAAGGCAGAUAGGAAGCCCCAUCUGAGAUUUUAAGAAAUCUCUCAAACAGUAAACCACAUCAUGGACAUACAGCUGGACCCUGCCGGAGAUGACCUGCCUCUCAUGGCCAACACCAGCCACAUACUAGUGAAGCACUAUGUGCUGGAUUUGGAUGUGGAUUUUGAAAGUCAAGUCAUUGAGGGGACCAUAGUGCUUUUCCUUGAGGACGGAAACAGAUUCAAGAAACAGAAUCGCUCUAUCGAGGAAGUCUGCCAAUCAGAGUCAAACAAAGCCUGCAAAUUGGGGAUGCCUGAGCCCUGCCAUGUUCCUGUGACAAAUGCAAGGACCUUCUCAUCUGAAACGGAAUAUAAUGAUUUUGCAAUUUGUAGUAAAGGUGAAAAAGAUACUUCUAAUAAAGAUGGUAACCAUGACAACCAGGAACAUGCUUCUGGGAUUUCUAGCUCGAAGUACUGCUGUGACACAGGGAAUCAUGGGAGUGAGGAUUUUUUGCUAGUGUUGGACUGCUGUGAUUUAUCUGUGUUAAAAGUCGAGGAGGUGGAUGUUGCUGCUGUGCCAGGUAUGGAAAAAUUUACAAGGUCUCCCGAGCUCACUGUUGUUUCUGAGGAGCUCAGGAAUCAGAUUGUACGUGAACUUGUGACUUUGCCUGCAAAUCGUUGGAGGGAGCAAUUGGACUAUUAUGCUCGCUGCAGCCAGGCUGCUGGCUGUGGGGAACUCCUCUUUGACACUGACACUUGGAGCUUACAGAUCAGGAAGACAGGGGCUCAGACAGCUACUGACUUUCCUCAUGCUAUCAGGAUAUGGUACAAAACUAAACCCGAAGGGCGAUCAGUUACAUGGACCUCAGACCAGAGUGGCAGGUAGGUUAUCCGAGCGCUUCGAAGCCCCGUGCCUGUUAAUCUUGUACACUGCAGGAAUGCUUUCAAACAUGAGACCGGUUCUGCAGAGAUGCUCCUGUGUCUUCUGUGACAUGACCCCAGUAGCCUCAAAUCCUUAGACCUACAGUGAAGCAGGUAAAUUCCCAGGCAUGCUAAACCCUUAAUAGGAUUAGCUCCCUUAAGUCAGGAUGAAAAGAUUAUUAAGCCCUCCUAUUUCUGAGUUAAGAGAUUGAAAGGCAAGCUUAAUGCUGAAAUCCUGAGCCUUGCUCUCCAUUGAGAUCUCUGCUAGUGACUUGGAGUGCUGUAGAUGGGAGUAAUACGUCUCCAAGUGAGUACUUCCUUCACGUUCCUUCAUAGUCCCUUGAGAGACCAGACUGCCAUGAAGUUGGGUUGGUGUGAAGCCUGGCAAAGUGCUUUCAGAUAAAGCCGGCUCUGCUUUGUGCAUUUCUUACCGUACCUGUCUAUUGGCAGCUAUGCCUCCCUGACUUUUGUCAGUUUUCAGGUAAUGUGACACCCCCCCCCCCCCAAAGCAUACAAAAGACCUAUUUCGGAGGAACAUAACAGUCCUCUGAGACCGCACACUGGCUUCUUUGGCCGUGAUUCUUGGUGUCUGGUACCAGAAAGACCCCUGGGUUUUAGUUCGAGGAAGAGGAGUUGAUGAGGCAUCGUUUUCUGGAGGGUACAUUUAGGCAGCCCUUCCUCCAACAGUUGUUCAGAUUUUUAAAAAUCCUUUUCUUAUUGUUCUUCCUCCAACAGUUGUUGAGAUUUUUUUAAAUUUGAGAAUUUUAAAAUCAAACUUUAUUGAUUCCUCCGUAUUUUACCUAUUUGUGCCAAAGUACUGCAUUCAAUAUGGUAAUUAUUGCAGAGCUUGGAUGAGGAACGUUGACCUCUGUUAGCUGGGUUUGAGAGCCUUCUUUUAUAGCGUUGGAUUUCCUUAAUCGAAGCGGUGGUCUUCGGCAACAGCUUACAUGUCUCCCUCAAUUCUUCCCCCAAAACGCCUUGCAGGUACAGUUUUUUAAAGCCUCACUUCGACUUUGAGCUCUAAUUAUUCAUUCCUUUCCUCUAAUCUUACCUCCUGUUCUGGUCUCCCACCCGGCUCAGAAUGAGUUCACUUCCUGUCUUAUUUCUGUUAGAGUCUGAGGCAGCCAUUGGGAAAUUGCUGGGUUGGUGCAAACUUACAUCAGUACAAAAGCAUAGUGAUUUAUUUAUAGAAUAACUUAUUAGAUAUUUUUUGGAGACUGUGGAAGAAUGAAACAGGUGUUCUUAUUGUAUCUUCACGCUUCCUGAAAUUAUUAAAGAUGGGAAUUUCAAUACGAUUUAACAAUAUGCUAUCUGAAUAUUUACCUAGGAAAUUGUAGUUUUUAUACUCCUAGAUAUUUCAUUUUUGAACUAGAAUAAUGAGGAAGAAGAAACUAUUGACAGAAUUUGGAAGAAAUAUUUGUGGCCUCAAACAUGACUUUCUCCUGAGUGCUCACUGCAAAGAAAGAGCUUAGACUGGUGAAUUAAGUGACAUGUAAAAGUGUCGAGUACUUAUGGGUAAAUGAUAGUUUCUGUAAAGAAAUUAAAGAGGUCCUUGGGCACAGUUUGCUCCUUCAAAGGAUAAUUUUACUCUUGAUAUCUCAUUUUCUGAUAAUUCAAUAAACUAUAUGAUCACAGCAGAUGUUUAAACUGUAUCCUUGGAAGUUUGGGAAUACGCCUUAGUAUAUUAAUGCCAUUUGUGCAGUCUUCUGAGGAUAAGAAAAGUUAUUUUAAAAAGCAAAUCCUAAAAAGAUGUUUUCUCUUUUUUUCCCCUUUUUCUGGGGUGGGGAAUUUUAUAUACAGUCAGUUGUGAAGGAGCACCAGGUGUCUCUCAGCGCUCCCUUGGCUGCAGAAUACAUCUCAGGAUGUCCUGGUAAUUGUUUGGAUAUGUUAAGGACUUUAAAAUGAGUAAGGAAUGCCAGUUUGCUAGACAGAAAUAACUUCUUAGUGAUAUAAAUGAAUAGUAAUUGUCAAGAUCACAAUACUUUAUGAAUAUAAUUGUGUGAAAAUGUAACAUUUUACAGUUGCCUGAAAAACAUAAUUAGCUAGAGCUUAUUCCUCCAGGGGACAGAGUCUACAUUUAUUAAAACUAAAAUAGUUUCUACAUAUUUGUUCCUGAAUGGCAGAAUAUUAUCAGUUAUACCCACUAUAAGUUCUCAGGCUGGGAUGAGAAGCUCUUUAUUCUCAUUUUACAGGUAAGAAAAUAAAUAAAUGGAAGCUUCUAGAUAAAUCUGUAUCUCAAGUGAGAGAGAGAAUGACUUUUUUUGAAUUUGAUCUUCACAUGUCACUUACUGUAUGCAAAGUUUUCAAGUAUAUUUAAAACAUAAAUUUAUUAUAUUAACUUUCAAUAAAUUUCUGUUUUUAGAUUAGACAGAAAUAUAAGAAAAUCUGUAAACUGGUACCUUUUCUUUUAAGUUCCAUUAGUGGCUUCCCCAUUUCCCACCUGCACCGUAUCCCAGCUGAGAAUAAAACUUAUGAGUAUCAAAGUGAAAUAGCUUAAUAUAGAUAUGGAUGGUUGCAUAUGGAAAUAAUUACAGAUAUGUGUUUCAAAGGGUUAGUGUGUGUACAUGUACACAUGUGCAUAUACGUGUAUGUGUAUAGAUGUAUAUAUGUACAUACACAUGCAC